CCGUGCCCUGCCCGCGCUCCCCAGCCGCAGCAUCCGCCCGCAGGCAGCGCUCAGCACUGCCCGGCCCCUGUCCCCGGCUCGCAGGCACGGGCAGAGCCCUGGGCUGAAAAGUCAUGACAGCUGAAAAGACUAUUCCUAUAAUUAAUGGAAAGCCAGAAGAUGCUUUGGACCCAGAAGCCUCAAGUACCAACCUCGUCCACAGCAAUGAUAAGAAAGUUCAUGAAAGAGGUCACUGGAACAAUAAGGUUGAAUUUGUGCUUUCUGUGGCAGGGGAGAUUAUUGGGUUGGGAAACGUCUGGAGAUUCCCAUAUCUUUGCUACAAGAAUGGAGGAGGUGCUUUCCUCAUCCCCUACGUGGUCUUUUUUAUUUGCUGUGGAAUACCAGUGUUUUUCCUGGAGACGGCCUUGGGUCAGUUUACAAGUGAAGGAGGCAUCACAUGCUGGAGGAAAGUUUGCCCUCUCUUUGAAGGCAUUGGCUAUGCUACCCAGGUUAUAGAGGCACACCUAAAUGUAUAUUACAUCAUCAUUUUAGCAUGGGCUAUCUUCUAUUUGUUCAACUGCUUUACUACAGAGCUUCCCUGGGCUUCCUGUGGCCAUGAAUGGAACACAGAAAACUGCGUGGAAUUUCAAAAACUUAACAUGAGCAACUGCAGUCAAGUCUCUUUACAAAAUGCCACUUCUCCAGUGAUGGAAUUCUGGGAACGAAGGGUGCUGGCAAUUUCCGAUGGGAUUGAGCACAUUGGGAAUCUGCGCUGGGAGCUCGCCCUGUGCCUCCUGGCUGCUUGGACAAUUUGUUAUUUCUGCAUCUGGAAAGGGACCAAAUCCACUGGAAAGGUUGUGUAUGUAACAGCCACGUUCCCCUACAUCAUGCUGAUGAUCCUCCUGAUCCGGGGGGUGACGUUACCCGGCGCUUCCGAGGGCAUCAAGUUCUACCUUUACCCCGACAUCUCCCGCCUCUCUGACCCACAGGUGUGGGUGGAUGCUGGCACACAGAUCUUUUUCUCCUACGCCAUCUGCUUGGGGUGCCUGACAGCCCUGGGGAGUUACAACAACUACAACAACAACUGCUACAGAGACUGCAUCAUGCUCUGCUGCUUGAACAGUGGCACAAGCUUUGUUGCUGGUUUUGCUAUCUUUUCAGUUCUUGGAUUUAUGGCUUAUGAACAAGGCGUGCCCAUUGCAGAAGUUGCAGAAUCGGGACCAGGACUUGCAUUCAUUGCUUACCCUAAAGCUGUCACCAUGAUGCCUCUGUCUCCUCUGUGGGCAGCUCUGUUCUUCAUGAUGCUCAUCUUCCUGGGCUUGGACAGUCAGUUUGUGUGUGUGGAGAGCAUCGUGACAGCCGUGGUGGACAUGUACCCCAAGGUGUUCCGCAGGGGCUACAGGAGGGAGCUGCUCAUCCUCGGCCUCUCCGUCGUGUCCUACUUCCUCGGCCUCAUCAUGUUAACUGAGGGUGGGAUGUAUGUCUUUCAGCUCUUUGACUCCUAUGCAGCCAGUGGGAUGUGCCUGCUCUUUGUUGCCAUAUUUGAGUGUGUCUGCAUAGGCUGGGUGUACGGCAGCAAUCGCUUUUAUGAGAACAUUGAAGACAUGAUUGGGUACAAACCUGUGUCGUUGAUUAAAUGGUGCUGGAUGGUCCUAACUCCAGGUAUUUGUGCAGGAAUCUUCAUCUUUUUCCUGGUGAAAUACAAACCCCUGAAAUACAACAACGUGUACAUCUACCCUGACUGGGGCUACGGCAUCGGGUGGAUGAUGGCGCUCUCCUCCAUGGUCUGCAUCCCGCUGUGGAUCUGCAUCAAGCUCUGGAAGACAGAAGGCACCUUCAUGGAGAAAUUCAGGAAGUUGAUUACACCUAGCUCAGACCUGAAAAUGCGGGGCAAGCUCGGAGGAGGAGCCUACAUUGCAGCAAUAAAUGACUGCGAUGCCAAACUGAAAGGAGAUGGCACCAUUUCCACCAUCACAGAAAAGGAAACACAUUUCUGAAAGAACUUUUUUUUUUGUUGUUUUAUUUUUUUUUUUUUUGUAUAAAGAAAUAAAUAAAUUCACUUAAUUAUAGAGGCUGGCUUGUUUUGCACAGAAUUUUAUUAACCAGUUAAUUUUAAAGUGAAAAUUGUAUACUUGUUUAAAAAGUGAUUUUUUUAAAUUACUCUAUCUGUAAUGAUUCUGUAAAAGAAAAAGAAAUAGUAUUAUAUUGUCUGUUAGUGAUGACUUCUUGUAAUAUGGUGAUUCCAGUCAAUGUUUGGUUUUUUUUUAGACUUUAGAGGGACCUGUAUAAUGUGCUGUAAAACUUUUCUACUUUGAUUUGUGGCAGGUGUAAUGUUGUAUAGACCUUCUAACCUGUAAGCAUUUCAGACCAUUUCAGCUGUCCAUGUGUGUAUAUAAAAGGCACCUGCCUGUCCUAUGGUUUGCUUGGGAAGAAUUCUCCUUUCAGGGUGAGUUUGGUGAUGCUGACGGUGCCUCAGCUGCUCCCACCUCCUUCUCUCCACCCUCCACUGGCUUCAUCAGGGUUGGAAAUGUGGAAUGAGCCCAUCCCGAGCCACUGUUUUCCUGGAGAUUGGACAGAGGCUGGUUCUGAAGGGCUCUGAAUUUUGCUGCUGUAAGUUCCUGGUCUUUGACAGGAUGUGCUCCUCAGGAGACCUCCCAAACCUUUGCAUCUUCCUCCCUGGGCGGCUGCUCCUGAAUUCUGGCUGGCACUUCCCACCCCCAGGAGUGACCCGUGUUUGUCUGUGCUCCUUCAACAGGAGACCAAGGUUAUUUCACAGAGCUGGAGAAGUUCUGAGGGGAAAAGUUUAGGGCUCUCUGUGUCUGUACAACAACUCAUUCCCCUCCAAAGGAAUCCAGGAUCCUACAAUGCCGAUGUGUAGCACUACACAGCUCCUCUGCUGGCACAGGCUGGGGUUUUGGGCUGUCCUGUGCAGGGCCAGGAGUUGGACUGGAUGAUCCUUCCAACUCAGGGUGUUCUGAUUCCUCUUCAAGGUCCCUUCCAGGUCCCCUCAGAUCAGGCACUGAUUCCUGUGCCCUGGAUGGGAUCGAGGCUUGGACUGAAGCCAGAGGAGGAAUUUCUUUAGCAGAAGGUUGGGGUAAUGUCCUUUCUCUCUGCAGGAGUCCCAGGAGGUCAUUUCUGUGUGGUGCAGGGCAAGGGAUUCAUGCAGGGCUGCUGUGACCCUCGGUGUCACAGAGGCAGCAGCGCUGGUUCUGUCCUGUCAGGCCUUGGUCUGGACUGACUGCCGGGCUUUAAAGCUGAUUUUGUACGUGGAUCCAGCUGCUGGAUGGUUGUUCCAGGAGGUGUGCAGAUGCCCCAGUAGCAAAACCCCUAAACUGUGUCUUAGGAUGUGGGUUUUUUUAUUUUUACCUGAUAAUAUUCCAAACACUAUUAUUUGUUCUGGACAAUUUUUUUUUCUUGGCUUGUUUUUGUUAUUUGAUGGUUGUGUGAGGAACCUGUGGAGGAACAUCAUCCUGCACUGCACAGGAUUUUUGGGGAGAGACAAGAGACAGCCCAGAAGAAAUGUCAUAACACCUGCUGCCUUCUCUGCAACUCCAACCCACUGGAGCUCAGACACAGCACCUGGAGUUGUUAGCAACAGAAACAGCUCCUGACCUUCUCCCAAGGAAAUAUUUCCCUAGAAAUCACUAAUUAUACUUUAAUAUUGGCUAGAACUGUACCUGCAGUCAGCACUUCUCUAAGCUCUUGCUGUUACUUCUUAAAAAAAGCAUUUUUAUGGAACUGCUUUGUCUCGAGUCACUUCAUUAAAUCUAAUAGAGCCAUUUCAUUUUCACUUUA